AUGGCUGUCGACUGCAUUUCGAUGGCCUCACUCCAUCAUCCCCACCAUCCCUACAACCAAGCCUCAAACUCGCAUCUCUCCCGCUCCACAAGUGUAGGAAGCGCAAGCGGAAGAAGCAGAGCAAGCAGCAACAACCCCUAUGCCCGGUUCAUGUCCCCGGCGCCAUCCGUCCACUCGCAGUCAUCAGAGUACUCAACCUCAUCCGUGCCAUCCGUCUGGUGGACCGGGUACCCGGAGCACCAUCCGGUCGAGCCGAAGCGCCGCCGCGACAGCACAUCCUCCAUUGACACAAAGGGUGGAAACGGCGUACCCCGACGCAGUCGCUCAGGCCGCUACUCCCGGAACUCGACGCUCGUGAACCCGGACAUUAUUGAUGAGCUGGAUGAUAUCACUAUUUACUCUUACCACCACGAGGGACCUUAUGAUGCGGUUCGCCCGGAGCGAAAUCGUGUGAGCCAGCAUAGUCCGCUUGAGGCUGUGAGGGAAUCUAAUGAGGAGGCCUUGCGGGCGACGCCGAGGGACAAGAUUGUUGAUUCGCUCCAGCGUCAUCGGCCGUUGGAUGGGACUGCGUUUUUCCCGCCUGGGACUACGGAUCCGAAUGGGCAGUCUUAUCAGUAUGAGGAGGGAUCGAAUAUGAUGAAUGAGUAUGGGAACUUUUUGCGUCUUCCUGGGAAGAAAUUCACCGAUGAGGACUUUAAGAACGAUCCUUUCUACACCCAGCCUAUCUCCAAUCCCUUUACACAAUUGAAGAAGAAGCUCAGUCUUCGCCGGAGAAAGAACCGUCACAGUAUGGCCUGA